AUGGCCGCCGACGAUAAACAAAUUAUUUUGGACACCAAAGUACUGUCUCUGGGGAAGAACGAACUGAUCGAAUUUGCCUUGUCGUUGAAGAUUGAUAAAUCAAAGGUAGAAGGAAAGAGUAAGGCACAAAUAAUUAAAGAGAUUCGUAAUGCACUUGAA